AGCCUCGGAAAAACACCAACAAACCGAGCUGAAAUUUUCCGUUUAUUUUGGCCAAUAUCGUCCUAUUUGGGGACCAAUGUCAUCAAUCUGUCCCAUAAUCAUUACAUGGAUAUAUCGUAGAGGAGAUUUAAAACGGAUAAAGGUUCGCAUGGAACCGAGGAGGGUGAGUUUAGCGUAGAAAAUAAUGACCACCCGUGUCAAGCCCUUGCCAGUCCAACGAACUCGAUCUCUCGUGGGGACAACCACCACGGGAGAUAAUCUGUACAGCCUGGAGGCCCCUCCGUCGACCCAUCUCCCUCCCCUGACAAGCCAGACAGUGGGAGGGGGACAGCAUGCACCCCAUCUCAGCAAUCACGGCUCCGUAAAGGUGCAACAACUGUAUGAAGACGGCAAACAUCGGGACAGUAGCCAUCACCACAGAGAAAACCAAGAUGGCGCCCAUCAACAACAACAAUCCAGUGAAAACACAAAACAAGCUUUGCCUGCAGUCCGUCCCAGCUCGAGUGCUGGCAGUUUGUACAAAAAUUCUGGGAAAAGGUCAUCGGCCGUUAGUCCUGAGACGGCAAUGAAACAAUAUAUGCAUAAACUCUCAUCGUUUGAGCAUCACGAGAUCUUCAACUAUCCGCAGAUCUAUUUUGUUGGACACAAUGCCAAGAAACGACAGGGUGUAAUCGGAGGACCAAAUAAUAAUGGAUACGAUGAUGAACAAGGUUCAUACGUCCAUAUUCCUCAUGACCAUAUUUCAUAUCGUUACGAAGUUCUAAAGGUGAUUGGAAAGGGUAGUUUCGGCCAGGUCGUUAAGGCGUAUGAUCAUAGGACAAAUACACACGUAGCGUUGAAAAUGGUUCGAAAUGAGAAGCGGUUUCAUCGACAGGCGCAGGAGGAAAUCAGGAUAUUAGAACAUUUGAAAAAACAGGACAAAGACAAUACACAUAAUAUCAUUCAUAUCACGGAACACUUCGUAUUCAGGAAUCAUAUAUGUAUAACAUUUGAAUUACUUAGUAUGAAUCUCUAUGAACUGAUUAAGAAGAACAAAUUCCAAGGAUUCAGUCUUCAGCUCGUGAGGAAGUUUGCUCAUUCCAUAUUACAGUGUCUGGACGCUCUCAAUAAGAACCGAAUCAUUCAUUGUGAUCUCAAGCCCGAGAACAUUCUAUUAAAACAGCAAGGUCGCAGUGGAAUAAAAGUCAUUGACUUUGGCUCCAGUUGUUACGAACAUCAGCGGAUCUACACUUAUAUCCAGUCUCGAUUCUAUCGAGCUCCUGAAGUGAUUCUCGGUGCCAAAUAUGGUAUGCCUAUUGAUAUGUGGAGUUUGGGGUGUAUUCUUGCCGAAUUGCUGACUGGUUACCCCUUGUUUCCUGGAGAAGACGAGGGCGACCAGUUGGCCUGUGUGAUCGAGUUACUUGGCAUGCCAUCGCAGAAACUGUUGGACCAAUCAAAACGUGCCAGGAACUUCGUCAGCUCGAAAGGAUAUCCACGAUAUUGUACUGUUACUACUCUACCUGAUGGCAGCACUGUCUUGGGCCCCGGACGAUCGAGACGAGGCAAGACACGUGGCCCGCCCGGCUCCAAAGAAAUGGUGACCGGCCUCAAGGGAUGCGAUGAUCCGUUAUUCUUAGAUUUCAUGCGGCGUUGUCUUGACUGGGAUCCAGCAACGCGUAUGUCACCUGGUCAGGCUCUCCGCCAUGCCUGGCUGCGACGCCGCUUGCCUAAGCCGCCACCGAACGAGAACGAUGCGUCUGCAAUCAAUCGGCGAACGUCAGGUAACCGUGCCUACAACAAGAUCAACCCAGGAAGUGGCAAGACCAAUCAGAUGGCUGUUGAUGAAGUGCCAGCACUAAACACUCGCACCACAUUGCCUAAGAUAGGAUCCACAAUAUAAUUCUGACUGUCAGGGACAGUUUUAUGUGGAGACCAAAUCCUUACGCCGUCCAUGUGAUGUUCAAAAAUGACCAAUUAAAAAAUGAAAUGCACUGUGUUAAUGUUACUAUCUGUGAUGUUAAAAUAUUGAUAAACAUAAGAAAUCGGAAUCAUGACAAAUUGCUCCUUGUAAGUUAUAUUUUUGUGUUAAAGAAUUGGCAUGGAUACAUGAACAUGUGUGGUGCCUAAACAAUUUUGGCUUACAAGUGAAUCACAAAAUGGGAUACAUCGAUGUCGGCUUCUCAGACGCUAUGCACUAUGUGCCAAGUUCUGAUAUCGCACAAAGACGUGCAGGAGGCAUCGUGGAUUAUUCUGAAAUUCUCUGAGGAAACAUUACAGUAUCAAGUUUGCAAUCUAUUGUUUUAGUGUUUGUGUGUGCUACUUGGUGGUCAGAAUGAAUUCAUAUCAAACCCAGUGGCGAUAUCAUAAUGUUUACUACUAGUCUGCAAAUGAGCUACGUGCACUUCACUGGCUUUUCUGUAGCUUUAAUGCAUGUGAUCCGUGCGCUCCCAAUCUAAGGGGUUAAAACAGUGAAGCUGGAUUUCAAACUUGUCUUGGACUCUGAUGUUGCAUGCUUCAUGGUUUCAUAUCAUAAUUGUGACGGUACUCAUAAAUUAUGAAGAUCACUAUUUAUGAAUACACAAAUGACAUUUUAGUUCACAAUACUUGUUUUAGUCUACUGAUGAAUGAUGUGACAUUGUAUAGUGAGUGCUUUUUAGUUUUCCUAAUAUUUGCACCGGUUCUGAAUUGUCAAUCGAUUAGAAAACGGAAAGGUACCAAAAUUUGCAUUUUAACGUUUUGCGAUUUCUGCCGUCCUGACCGAUUGGCUUGAGUUAGUUGUGGUCAUUUUAUGUAAUGGGUUAGAUUAGAGUGUGUUUAUUUGUGCAAGGAGUUUGCAUUCGAAGAUCUUAAUGAGAUGGGGGGGGGGCAUUUACUUGGUAAAAGCAGUUGCCCACACUGGCAUCUGUCGGCAUUUUCAGAUCAGCCUGCCUGGAUGUCUGAGGAACAUCUGAACAGGGCUUCAGUUUCUGAAAACUUGGGACUGUUUUGCUGCUGGUCUAUCAAACAAAACUUGUUGAACUUGAGUCUUUAUGGCCUACAAUGUAGGCUUAGUAUGUUUUUUAUGUGCAGUUGGCUGCACUGGUGAGAACUUUUCAAAUGGACAUUCACUCAAUUGUUGUGGUUUACAGUUGAAAGUGAAGCGUUUAUGUUGGUUGAUUGUUGGUGAGGUGGACAACUCCCAAGUCUCCAGCUCCCAUCUUGUCUUGUCCAACAGAAGCUAGUUUGAGUAAAACCUGGAGACCUUGUUAUAAAUAGCAGUAAUCGGUAUCCAUGGUAAAAACUAACAGAACGAACUGUUACUUUGAGUGAGAUGUUAUUCACACCUGAUGUGCCCAGCCGAGACAAACUAUUGAUUUUUAAGCUACAAAGUUGGGUAAAGUAUAUUGUCGUUCUCCUGUUAAUCUCUAUUGACAGUAAGGCAGUAGUCUGCUGUGAGACCUCAUUGCACUUUAUACAGAAAGAAAGUUGUGGUUGCAAUAACUUCCAACAAUUUUUUCCACAAAAAGAAUCCAUGAAAAAAAUUCAGUUUUUUUAUGAUGGCUAAGAAUUAGAUUAGAAUAUGUAGACUUUUCGAUAUGUUUAUUGAACAUGUAUUGUAUGUCCAUGGCAUACAAUACAUGUUAUUGCAGAGCACUUUAUGAAUAAUUGAUAAGCUUUUGACUGAUGUUGGCCAGGCAGUGCAGUUGAGGAGUCCAUUUGUUACCAUGGAUACUAAUGUUGUUACCACUCCAGUUGAAUGUACCGGUAUGUGAAUUCCGCUCCGUUGCUAAGUUAUUUCUUGUUAUGCUUUUAAUUUAUUUUGAAAAGUCAACAGAUGUGACUGAUGUGUGUUGAAGCUAAACAUUUUACAACUUGUGCUAGCCUGGACGAAAUGUUUGAGUCGUCUCUGUGGUUUACUCCUAUGGUGAGAUUAAUCUCGGGAAAAGAAAUGGUUUAAAACUCAUGACUCCUUUCAUUGGUAACCCAAGCCACUUUGAGGCCUAACACUUGUGGAGUCUGUCAGUUGAAUCAUCAUCAUCAAUUGGUCAGCAAGUCGUACUUGUAUCAUCAUAGGAGUAAACUCAGGGACCCUUGUUGAUGUUCUGGUUUAAGUUAUUAUGAAUGAAUUUUAACUUAUUUAUUUGUUUUUGAAAGUCAUUUAGUACAGCUUGAAGCUAACCAUCACACUAUAAUACAGUAAUUACAAUUGUAAGGGGAGUCUCUCCUUGAUGGUCUUUAUUAACAUCAAUAUAGGCAAGCUUGCAGGGUUUUCAAUCCUGAUUGAUGACUUAUUGUAUGUUGCUGGGAUUAGUCAGAUGCUGUUGAUGAGGUUGAAGAUUUGAUAUCGGGGAGUCCAACUGGCUGUGUACUUGUAUUGAUUAUCCAGGACAUGGGUCAUUUCAUGCCAAUCUCGGCUAUCUAAUCAAUGUCCAAAAUGCUUAUCAUGCCAACUUCCCUUACCACUGAUGACAGUGUACACCCAUAAUCAUUUUGUCGCCUGCAGGAACCACCACCACUAUAAUGUUGUCCCUGGCAACCAGAUAUCUGACAGACAAGAACCCUCCUUUAUUGUUAUCUGUUGCUGGUACAUGUAAACAAGUGAGAUUUAUUUAUGGAAAUGGUUACCAUGGUGACAGUGACCUCGGUAGUGUUCUCAAGUCCAGUUGUCUUGAGUUAACCCCUUGUUCUUUGAUCACUGGCUAUUUUGUACAAAAGUCAGACUCUUAGUCAAGGGGGAGUUAAAGAUGUCUGUUUAUUUAUUUUGAGUAAGUAUUUUGUAAAUAUAUGUGAAAUUGGACCAACAAGUAGAUCCCAUGUGUGAGGUGGGCUGGUGUGGACAUUGAACCCUGUGGCAGAUACAGGGCACUUGGAAAGUUAUUGUUGCAGGCUUUUUGGGCCACAGUUCCAUCUUCUGUUUCUGAUAUUGUGGGGAGAAUCCGAUACUCAAUACUUUGUGGUGUAACGUCUAGAGUGAAGUCUUCGCACUACAGAUUUAGUGUUAUUUUGAUGAAAGUGACGUUGGAACAGAUUUAGUUGCAGAUUUCGAAAUAGUUGUCUUUGUCGUCUAAAAGUCCUGCAACAAAGCAGCUUAUCUGAUACUGUGUGUUAUAGAAAAAAAAGAAGAAAAAUUGUAUGUUGUAUAUAUUCUGAGACUCACUGUGAUUUUGCUUUUGUAAAUAUUGUUUAGUGACUCAAAACUAGAUUUCCACAAACGACUAUAAAGUAAGGCUUUUCUUAAAGAAUUGUUUGUUAGAUGUAACCAUGGUAACCCGAGGGGUGAGGAGGAAAGAAAAAUUACAGAAUUAGUUUUUCUUCAACUUUUUAAGGACUGCCUUAUCUCCUGUUGUUUUCUGAUGCCUGCACGUAAAUGUGGACGUUUUAUAAAUUGUGUGUGAUUUUAUAUGGAAAUUGCCGUCUAAUCCCUUGAUUAAAGUAAUUUUCUAUAUAAAGUGAAAUGAACAUUGAAAA